AAAAUGUGACAGAUAGAGACUUGUCAGACGCCAGCUGAUUAGCAAUAUUGAUUUAAUCAACAGAGAUUUGAAAAUGAUUUAAUCAUGACACUCAUUAGCAAAAAAGUAAUUUUAGGACUUGUUGUAUUUUUAGUAUUAUAUGAUAACUUCGAAACAACUGAAUUUGAUCCAUUGGGUUAUAUAUUGUAUUGUCCAUGCAUGGGCCGAUUUGGAAACCAAGCAGAUCAUUUCCUAGGUUCUCUCAAUUUUGCCCAUCAUUUAAAUAGAACUUUAGUUCUUCCUCCUUGGGUAGAGUAUAGGUAUGGGGAAUCAAAGUCAGUCCAAGUGCCGUUUGAUACAUAUUUUCGCGUGGAACCCUUGAAGAAGUUUCAUAAAGUUAUAACUAUGGAAGAUUUUAUGGAAAAUGUAGCUCCUUUCGAAUGGCCAAAAAAUCAAAGAAUAUCUUUUUGUUAUAUGGCUAGAGGUACAGGAGACACUUGUAGUGCUAAAGAAGGAAAUCCAUUUGGACCUUUUUGGGAUACAUAUAAUGUAGACUUUGUAGGUUCAGAAUUUUAUGGUCCUCUUCAUUACGAUACUCAUCAUCACAAUAUGACUAAUCUCUGGAGAGAAAAAUAUUCCCCUAGUAAAUGGCCUGUUUUGGCUUUCACAGGAGCACCAGCAAGUUUUCCAGUACAACAAGAAAAUAUUCAUCUUCAGAAGUACUUGGAAUGGUCAGAUUCCAUUGAAAGAGAAGCAAAUUCUUUCAUCAAGAAUAAACUUCCUAAAGGGGCUUUUGUAGGUAUCCAUCUACGCAAUGGUAUAGAUUGGGUAAGAGCAUGUCAGCACAUACCACAAAGUCCUAGUCUUUUUGCAGCACCCCAAUGUCUUGGCUACCAAAGUGAAAAAGGACCGGCAACUGCAGAUAUGUGUCUACCUAGUCAAGAAACUAUAAUCAGACAGCUGAAGCGUGUUAUAAAAAAUAUCAACAACUCAGUGAAUAACAACAAUGAUCAUACAAUAAAAUCAGUGUUUGUUGCAUCAGAUAGCAAUCAUAUGCUUGAGGAACUCAAAAUUGCUCUUCAAAGAAUGAAAGUUAAGAUUUUCAAAUAUCCAGAGUCAAAUCCUCAUAUAGAUUUGGCAAUUUUAGGUAAAUCAAAUCAUUUCAUUGGUAAUUGUAUAUCUACUUAUAGUGCAUUUGUUAAAAGGGAGAGGGACAUUAAAGGUUUUCCUUCAUCCUUUUGGGCAUUUCCUACUCACAAAAACAGUAAAAAUAAUAAAAUAAAACAUGAAGAGCUAUGAUAAAACCUUUAAUAUUAUGAAAUUUUUUUCGUAUUACAUGUGACUUAUGACUUAUUCUAAGCACGUUGAAAACACAUCUUUGAAUUUUUUAUAUUCACACUUAACACUAUAUAACAUUAACACAAUGACACUGUCUGUUUCUUUGAGACAAAUAUGAACAAGUAGGACCAAUGGAAAAAUUGAAGCACCAGGUAGUGUAAUUGUGAAUGUUGCUGUAGUGGUAUUAGUACCUAAUAUGUACAGUAUUUUUUCUAUGCUAUGUCAACAAAUAAUGUUAUCAAGCAGCUACUCAUACUGUUUGUAAUAGCUUGUUUAUAAAAGUAUUAUAUUUAUUCAUGAUUAUGUUUCCAUAUUGGAAAUUUAGAAAUUUUCUAGUGAAGAAAUUGCUAUGAAGUUACACCUAAAUAGAAAACAUGCGAAAAAAUCUGGUUUCAAAUUAAAAGGAAAUGUUAACUGAAUGAGCCUUCACUCUUUUCAUGAAAGUGUAAUUCGAAGCUGGAAGGGAAAAGUAUUUUUUUAAUAUGGUUGAUAUUAUAUAUUCUUCUUUUUUAGUUCUGUAUAAAACUGUGGAAUGUUUUUCCUUCAAACUAUAUGCAAAAAUGUUUACUUUUGUGUUUUGAAGUAUACUUUGAGCACUUAUAUUUGUUGUUUCUUCUCGCUCUAUUACUUGCUUAUGGUUCCUCACAGUACAAUGCGUAAGUCUGUAUAAUGAGAUUUUUUCAUUGGUCUAGUUACAAUCUGCUUGUUUUUUCUAAAAUUCCCAUUUUUUUUCUUCUCUUUCAAGAUUUGCUACAUUGUUUUAAACUCUAUGUUUUCACCUAUAACUUUCCCUAUAAGUUGUUUUACUACCUGGUUUUUCUUUCCUAAAAUUGCUUUUUUGAGAUCCUCAGAAAUUAUGAUGCUUGCGCUUCCACUUGUAGUGUUUUCAUUCAAUUAUCCAUUUCACGUGUGUUUGAUGACUGCUCUACUAUCGCAGUUCAUAUUUUCUAUACUCAUUUCUUUUAAAAUGGAAAGCGUAUAACAUGUAUUUUCACUUGGAAAAAUUUGCCUGGACUUAUCUAUGUAGCAUAAAUUAUAUAGUUCAUUUUAAAAAACUCAAUUCACUAGUGAUUCAUUAUUUGCUUCAACAAAAAGCCAUUGUUACACGGUGUGACUCGCAAUAUUAAAUAAACCAUCUGCUUUUGGAUAAAAUGGUGAUAAAAAUAUCAAAUGUUACCAAUAUUUCACAAAAAUAUAUUAAUUAAGAACAAUGUUAUGUUACAUUACACCUUGUAAAAAUUUAUUUAUUAAUACUUUUUAUAACAAACAAAGUAACAUAAAUAUUUAGUAAAAGAACUGAUUUAUAUGUAACUUUAAAUGGACAAUUUACCAAUAAUAAAAUUGAAUAGUAAAAACCAGUAAAAAAAUUCCCGAAAAUAUAUAUUUUAUUUUACAUCCUUGUUUUCCAUUCUAAUACACCAUUUAGAUUCAUACAAUUCUGAUAUGCCUGCAAAUGCUUUUGAUAACGUUCUUCUUGUGAGUUGAUUCUGCACACGCAAAUUUUUUUCUACUUUUUAUUUUUUAAACUAAAUUGAAAAAAAUGAAAAACAUUUUCACUAUCCAUUGUUUUACAUAUUUAUUGACUUUUUAAGAAUAUAAAAAAAAUUGUAAAAGAAAUCGAUAAAUUACAGGCCGGUAAAGUGCGGGUUACAAAAAAACUGUGCAUCCUGGUUGACAUGAUUUCAGCCCUUAUAGUAAUCUGGAACAAAAAAAUUUGGAAAAUUCUUAAUAUGUAAAGAUGUCGCUAUCACUUUGACCUUAGCCAAAAAAAUCACAAAAUAGCGUCGGAAUGAGAUAACAAUUUUUUGCCCCUUUUUUUGACCUCGAAUUUUUUAAAAAUACUUCCUUAUCGAUUUUUUUUUAAAAAUCUAAGGCAGACGCAAUGUAUAAAAAAGAUUUCCACCAAAUUUCAAAAGAAUCGGUAGAACUUGAAAUAUCAAUCACUUAGACGCUAAGUUACAAAAUCUACUGUAUCUCUGGAAAUAAUGAGAAUUUUCAAAAAUACGUUUAAGGGUGUAAGCUCUGACAAUAUACAAAAAAAAACGGUUUUUUCAAAUUUCUAGACCAGAAUAUAAAGAAAUCACUAAUAAUAAUAAUCAGCUACUGAGAGAAAAAAAUAUAUAAAUUUACUACAAAAAACUUCUUUCCUUCUUCUUUUGAAACUGUAAUGUAUGUUCUAAUACAUAUCAUUAAAAAUAAGUAUUUAGUUUUGUAAGGUAUGCAAUACAUAUUACACUACUACGUAUGGUGUGUUGCGGUAUAUUCAUUUCCCGCAAUGUAUAUUGUAGGUCACUAUCAUAUGUCAUGAUAGAAACUGAACUGAUUCUGUUUAUUGAAAUCUAACCAUUAUUUAUGAAAUUCUAAUAUUAGUUUUUUAUUCAGAUCUGUAUGUUUAUUAAUAAAUAUCACGCAGUUUGGCA